AUGGACAGAAAGCCAUGCACCCAAGCCAAAGAAAUCUUGCCGUUCCGGCUUGUCAAUUUUAAUUUUGACACUGUGAAAGUGAUGUGGAAUGCAAGCAGCCUCCCGGGGACCAAUCUGAGCUUUUUCUACAGUUUUGGAAGUGUGUGGGUCAAGCCAUGUCCCCACUACCUCCUCGACCAAGGCUAUGUGACCGCAUGCGUCCUGGACGUGGAACCUACAGAAGAAGGGGACAAGGAUGUCGUGCUUGACUUCAGCCUCCAUAACUGGACCCACACUCUCCUGAACGAAAGCUUGUGGAUCAGCAAUUUCUUGAAGCCCAACUCCACCAAGGACUUGACCUUCCUGUGGACACAAGAAGCCGUCACGGUGACAUGUUCUGAUCUCGACUAUCAGGGCCUCUACUAUGAGAUUCAGUACAAGAGCACCUUUGAUUCUGAGUGGCAGUCCGCCAAGGAGGAGACGUGCCGUGUGACCAUCAGGAACCUGGACAUGGACAAGUGCUACUUGUUCCGGGCCCGGGUGCAGACCAAGCCGUCCAGCUACGGCUCAGAGACCUACCCCAGCGACUGGUCGGAAGUGACCCGGUGGCAGAGGGGACGGAGGACAGAGAUGGCCUGGGCACUGUCUAUUUCUUCUGAUCUCUGCAUCCUGCAGGUCAAAGAUCAGAUGGACAGCCUGGAAAGCUGUGACCACGCUGGCUUUGCCAAAGGGACCAGUGGCAAUAUGAGUCCCCACAUUCAUUCCAGCAUGAAGAACGUCCUAAUGCCAACCGUGCCAGACCCGAAAUUCUCCUUCCCUGGGCUCUUUGAGGACCACAGAGGAAACUUCCAGGAGUGGAUGAAGGACACCCAGGACAUGGUGGAGGUGCGUAAGCUGGACAACGGAGCGAAUGAAGAAGACAGUAUCCUCCUGGACACCCUGCUGGUGGCCCAGCUGGCCAAGGGUGAGGUGGAUGCGCCCACAGCGGGGACAUUGUACCCACAGAUGGAGCUGGACAAGGCCGAGGAGCCCCACAAGAGUGCCCAGAGGACCCCUCAGCGAGGGGACAUGGUGACCCUGGAUUUUUCCUCGAUAUUUAUCGUCACUGUCGAGGAGUCACGACCCCUGAGCUUCCCCGACGGCUCCAGCAGACGAGUGUCCGGAGCGGCCCUGCUCCCGGGUGUCCACGGGCCGGGAG